AUGUCUCAAAUAUCAAAUUCGUCAAGAGACGGAAAUUGUGCCAACAAUAUAACUUAUUCCCGACCAUUUCAAACUCCUUCUAGAGCAUCUACAAGCAUAUCAUUUGCAUCUGUCACAACAAUACCAUGUGAAGAACGAAAUUACCUCGAUGAAGAGCUUUCGCUAGUUUUAAUAAACAGUGAUUCGCAAGAAUGCAACGAAAACUUUUCCAUUUUUAUUAAAUGUAUUGUUGAUAAUAUGUACAAUAGCAAUGAAUCAAAACCAACAUACGAAAGUCUUUCGCUAUAUGCAUUGAAGCUUCUAACGCUGAAUUUAUUUGUCAAGAAUUUCAAAUUUUGUAUUGGUAAAAUAUUGGCAUUUUUAGAGACAUUCACUACAAUUACAAAUUACAGAAUGGAGUUCACUGAAGAUGGAAAUAGUGAGAGUGAAUGGGAAGUUAAUGAUCAAGUUGCAUAUGAAGCUGAGUGUUUGAAGGAGUUUUUGUGCAUAACAUUGCUUCUUCUACUCAAGCUUAAAAAUACUUCAAAUGACCAGGAAGUCGCAGAUGAUUCAAGCGAUAUACUGAGUACAUCCUCAACAAACUCGAGCUCAUUGGAUUUGAUUAAUGGUGAAAAUGUAUUUAAAACGUUGGAACAAUGCCGAUUUGUAUUUAUAAUGUCGCAGUUCAUAUCAACUCAAAUUAAAGCAGUAGCCAACGAAGAGUCCUCAUUUGUCAUUUUGAAAUUUGGCUGUGAUAUUGUCUUUGAAUAUUUCUAUUAUGUGGAAAUUUUGUCUCCCACGGAAUUUAUGGACUUGACAUUCAAUAAUAAUGAGGUAAUUGUUACAAUUAUAAGACACCUUUUAUCAUCAGAAGGUUUUAACAAUUAUGAUUUGGAGAAUGAUGACGAUUUUCAUAAUGAAGCUAAACUUGUUGCUUAUGAAGAGUUGAAGCUUUUACUACUCAUUAAUGAGCAAUUUUUAAUGAGUUCAUAUGCUCGAAAUGAACAUUCAAAUAAAGUGUUUGAAGAAUUGAUACAUAAUGAUGAUAAUUCAAACAGCAAUGUGAAUAACAUUGUCGGAUUUAUCAACUUGCUAAUCUAUCACUUGAAUCGUGAAGAAUCACAAAUCAUUAUCCUAUUGAUUUUAAAAUUUCUCUACCUUGUUUUCACAACUUCAUUCACAGCUAAAUUGAUUUAUCGAAAUGAUUUGAAAAUUUUACUAGACAUCUUUUUAAGAGAAUUGGACAAUUUAGAACACAAGGAUAAUAUCUUAAUAGUGACUUACUUGAGGGUAUUGUAUCCGAUUUUGAUGUUUUCUGAACUUAAUGAAUGUGGCGGCUACAAAUCACAAGAGCUUUACAAUGUGCUAAGUAAUAUUGUGGUCAAUUCAGGACUGAAAUCAGAAGACUCUAGUGAAGACAAAUUCAUCCUGGAUCUAGCAAUGAAAUGCAUGAAUGUUAAAUGGUUGAAAAAAUCAAUAUCAAACCAUAAAACAAAAUCUAGUAGCCCACAACUGGAAAAAGGGUCACCCGAACUAUCUUCCUUGGAGGAUCUCAAUUCAGUUGAACGUGAAACAUCACGAUUAUUCACUCGUAUAGCUUCGGUUCGAUCGUCUAGUCGAAGUGAUUACCAUAAACAUACAACAGCACACAAUUUCUUGGAAAGAACAAAUAGUCAAAAGUUGAAAUCAAACUCCAAAAAUGCAGCUCAGACAUCUCCUUCGAUUUUCAUGGACAACAAUAAUAAUGUAUUUCUAACCGACUUUUCGAAAAGAUUGACAUUUGGCGAAGAUGGUAAAUCAACCCUAACUGGUUUAGAUUUGAAUGAUUUAUCCGCCAACCAGAAGAAAAACAAUAGUAAUGACAACAAUGGUGGUGAUUUCGAUUAUCGUGAUACUAAUAUUUUGGAUUUACCCAAUGAAUACAUCACAUCAAAACCAUUACCUAAAUUACCCGUUCCUGAAAAGCGUCGAAGACAAUUAUACCAAAAUAAAACUGCAUCAUCUUCUUCAAGUUCAAUUGAUUCAAAUUCAUCUAUUAAGCAAAAGGCAUUAAGAAAGAAAGCACCGCCUCCACCGCCUCCACCUCCGAGACGAAGGAGAUAA